CGGCGGCAGGAGUUUCCCCGACAGCUGGAGGUUGCGGCGGUGGCUCCUCCUCCGCGGGUCCCCGUUAGAGGCGAGAGACCCCCGCGCUCCUCCUUAUUGACAAAUACACAAAGGGCCGCGCCGGGGCCGGGCCGGGGACGCGUCUGGAGGCGGCAUGGGAGACAAGAAGAGCCCGACCAGGCCGAAGCGGCAGCCGAAACCCUCCUCGGACGAGGGCUACUGGGACUGCAGCGUCUGCACCUUCCGCAACAGCGCCGAGGCCUUCAAGUGCAUGAUGUGCGACGUGAGGAAGGGCACCUCCACACGGAAACCUCGACCCGUCUCUCAGCUGGUUGCACAGCAGGUUCCUCAGCAAUUCGUGCCCCCUACACAGUCAAAGAAAGAGAAAAAAGACAAAGUAGAAAAGGACAAAAGUGAAAAGGAAACAACUAGCAAAAAGAACAGUCAUAAGAAAACCAGGCCACGAUUGAAAAAUGUGGAUCGAAGUAGUGCUCAGCAUUUGGAAGUUACCGUUGGAGAUCUGACGGUCAUAAUUACAGACUUUAAGGAGAAAACUAAGUCACCACCUGCUUCCAGUGCUGCUUCUGCAGAUCAACACAGUCAGAGCGGCUCUAGCUCUGAUAACACAGAGAGGGGAAUGUCCAGGUCAUCUUCACCCAGAGGAGAAGCGUCGUCACUGAACGGGGAAUCUCAUUAAAGUUUAUUUCCUCCAGUUUCUUUAGUCUCUUCUCUUUACAACAUGCAAAUACGUAACUUCUGCCACCUGUUGCCACAUUUUCAUGACAGAUUAUCCAUGCACAAUUGGUAUGUUUACUGAAACAUAAUUUAUGCAGUUUAGAAAGAAGAAAAAAAAUGCAGUGGUAGAAAUAAUUUAAAUGCAAUCUAAAAAUGCUUACGAAGCAUUUUCAGACCAACUGUUUAAUCUUUGUGUGUAAAGGUGCCAUGAAAAUGUGGUUUGAAUGUUCAUACACAGUGUUACUGGUAAGUCCAUCUUCACUUUUAGUUUAGUGAAUUCUAACAACUCUUGGAGUCUCUACUAUUGGCAUGUACUGAAUUUAAAUUUUUAUAACAUAGUUCAAGCUGCCUAAAUAUGUAUUAUCUGAAAAUUGUGAAACAUAGUUAUAUGUAUGCAAGUCAAAGAUCAACUUAAUCAACUAUUGCUGCAACAGAAUUUUCGUAAUAAUUAUCUUAAAAACACCUGCUGGUACUUGGUGUGGUUAAAUAGGAAAAUGUUAUUAAAUAAAACAUUUGUAUGAAUUUUUGCCAAUGUUUGACACAUUUUACUAGAUUACUGUUAAUGAAUUAUGUUAAUGGUUUUACCAAUAUUUUUUCACACUUAAAACACUUAUUGAAAUGUUUACAAGCAAAUACAAAAAAAAAAAAAAAAGUAAAUCCAUUCUAGACAUCAAUUGGUUAACUCUACAAUUCAGGAAAACUCACUGUCACUAUACACUGGUAUUCUACGUUUAACCUCACAUGACAGCAUUUGGCAAAACUAACAUUGGGAAACACAGAAGUUUGGUAAAGCUUUAAAAAUUACUGAAGUACAGUUUUUGUUUCUGCUUAGUGCUGUUCCCUUGCCCCAGAUUUACUUAGUGUCAUAUAAUUGGUUACCAUUUCAUUACAGAAAUACCAGAUGUUGCACAAGAAUGAGGAAAUAACAAUACUAUUACUAUUUUUUUUUUAAUUUUGGAUCAACCUCUUUUUAUUUUGAUUUGGCCUAUUAGAAAAUAUUAUGUCAUAAAUGAUGUGUAAAAACCCCACAGUAUCCUACUUUAUGGCAUAAACUGUCAAUAUUUUAUGCACUUAGCAAUAUACUGAUACAGAGCAGAACUAUUUACAGUCCCAUCUGGUAUUAUGUAAAAUUACCAAUAAAAUAUUUUUGUGAAUACAGAUUUUUGCAUUUUUGUUUACAGCCAAUAAGUGUUUUGAUAUACACACAUCCAAUCCAUGUAUAGAUUGAAAUUAUAUAUUUGGUUGAGUACAAAAGUCCAUUUAGCUCCUUUCAGUGAGAUGGUCCACUUACACUCCUGUGAUUCUUUUACUUUCUUUUCUUUUCUUUUCUUUCCUUUUUUUUUUUUUUUUUUUUUUUGCAUUCAAAAUGCAUAAGUUUAAGCCAAUGUAAAAGUUGAAUGGACCUUUUUGGUAGUGAAUCCUAAAUUAUUCCCAACAUGUGGUACAUCUUCAUAACAGCUAAAAGAAUGGAUUUUUGUAGCCCCUGACAAUUGUGAUGUUUGGUGGUUUCUUGUAGUAAUGUAUUUUUCUGUUUUUAAUGCAGUACUUCUACAGGCACAAUAGUACUGUUCUAUUUUGUAAGAUGCUAGUUGUGAAAUACAGUUAGUUGCAUAAAAUGAAAGUCUGAUGUGAUAUCUGAGAACAUACAUACCUCAUUCCUUGGUGUUGCUAUUUAAACUUUUUAGACAUCAAAUGUUAAUUAUAGGCUAUUUCAGGUAGAUGACUACUGACCUGUUUAUUAUGUAUUCUGCUUUAUCUUACUAAAUAGGAUGUCUGUUCAUUGCAGUUACUUGGCCAAAUCUUAGUAUCUGUAAAAAAAAAAAAAAAAAAAAAAAAAAAAAAAAAAAAAAAAAAAAAAAAAAAAAAUGAAGGAAAAAAAAAAAGCAUUUCAAGAUUCUUAAAUGUUUUUGGGGCUGGGCUGUUGUUCUGAAUAACAUAUACUAGUUUUUAGGAAAAAAAAAUACAUGCUUCUCAAAUUUAUUUUUUUAUGUUUUAUUUUUAGGUGGGAGUAUACUGGUGUAAUGGAUUACAAGAGAGCUGAAACUGUUUAAGCAGUGUAAUGGUAGAAUCACAUAGCAAGAUGUGUCAUGAAAUGUGUUUCUAGUUUAAAUUGUAAUGAAUGCUAACACAUUUCAGUAUUCCUUGCAAACUAAUAAUAAUCUAUUACCAGUAGUUCACUAAGUGGGAUAUUUAUUUUCAUUUAACAUUAUGUGAAUAGACCACCCAGCACUACCAACAAGGGGUCUCUUUGUAUCUUCAGAAAUAAGUAGCCAUUUGGUUUGGAAGUAAGGGAGGAUGGAGGGGACUUCAGUACGUUUCAACUGUCUCUAGAGAAUAAUCUCAUGAAUGUGGUACAAGUAUAGUUAUAGUCAAAAAGAAUGCAGAAAAGUCUUAUGGAAAUUGCUGUUCUUUAUGGAAUAAGAACAGAAAAGCAAUUUCUGACUACAGAUAUAACAGAUAAAAGGCAGGACAGCUAGGAUCUAAAAUUUGAGCUGUGGUGGUUCUAACUGAAAUACUGUAUAGCCAGUGUUUACGUUGGCAAAGAUACCUGCUUUGGCAUUAAACAAAGUUAAGAUAAUUUUUGUCUGUUUGUGAUUAAAGGGAUGUGACAAUACUGACAGCACAGUAGACAAAAUUCUAAGUAGAAUAUGGCAAUUUGUUCAUAAUGUUCUAAUUUAAAUGAACUUCAUAAUUUCUAAGUAAUUUUGACUUGCAGUAAUCCUAAGAUUUUUUUUAAGUGUAAAUAUAUUUAAAAGCAUCUUUACUCCAUUUAUGAAAAGUGAAAAUUUAAUGUUGUAAUGUAUUUUGAUUAGCUAUUUUACUCUGUGACUGUUCUCUCCAUAAGAAUUGUUGUUUGUAAAACUCUGUAUAUGCACCAGUCUUCAACAGCCAUACAUUCUGGGUUGCUUAUGAGGUGAUGAUGCAACAAAGGCGAGGGUGAUAAUAUUCCAUGUAAAUGAGUUCCUUUAUGUGCUGAUUGUCUGGCUUCAGUAAGGAAAAGGGGAAGGAAAUGGGGGAAAAUGGCCUAUAAUUAAUUCACUGCUAAAGUGUAUAACAAUUUGGUCCUUUAUCUUCCUAACUUUACCGCUAACUGUAGGUGGUGUAAGGAAAAGAUCCACUGUUAGUAGACAGAUCAUUUCUUCUCAAGUUAUGUUUGCAUCUCGGAAAGGAACAAAACUUGUUCUGCUUAGUUAGCAGGUUCAAGUAUGCUGUAUGAAGUCUUGAUUCUAACAGCAGUUAAAACAAAACUAAACAAAGAGAACCCUUCACCUCUCAAAGAUUCUCAGUAUUAAGUCUCUAAAUUAAGCCUGAAGUUUUAAAUUGAAGUUUAAAACUGUUUAAAGCUUCUCCAUAUAUUUCCUGUUUUGUAGCAGAUUGCAAAAUCUCAAAAAAUGUUUGGGGGUUAUAAUCCGUUCACUUCUUAAAAUACGAUGGAUAGGAUAUUUUUCAGUAGCCAUGUAAGACAAUACUUUUUAUGAUUUGUUUCCACAAGUUCUUUACAGUGGUCAGGCAAGUCUUCUCGACUAGAUAUGCAUAUGGCUCUGCAUCUUACGUUCUCUGGUUUUUCUCUCUCCUGUCUCAAAGGCACGAUGGUUUUGAGUUGCUGAUUGACUACUGCUUUGUUACACAGGAGGAAUUUGGCACUGAAUUGUCUAUUGUGUUCUUCCAUGUACAUCCAGCAUACUUUAACCAUAUCUGCAUCUUUCUCUCUGUCACAUGCCUUUAGUUGACUCUGCUGUCAUUAGGGAGUCUUCCCUUCAGAUAUCAGAAACCAUGUGGAAAGGGAAGUGCAGAGAGUUUCUUCUCCAGCAGCAGCAAGCACUAUACUCAUAAGCUUGUCCUGUGCUAACUCAGGAAUAAGAUAGAUAAGGUAGAAAGUGAAUGCUGUUGUUGGUGGUGGACCACUCGAGCAUAUUUUGCAAAAACAUUCUUCUGUUUUAAUGUUAAGAUUUGGUUGUGCUGGAAAUAGCAUUUGAGCUUUCAAAGGUUUUUCUUGACUGAAUUAUGCCCCCAACUUAUGACAGUGUUAGCUUCAAGGAGUAUAACCUCAUAAAUGGGCAAAACCUGUACCAUAAAAUCAGUCGAAUUGAGGAGAGCUUUGAUGAUUUUCUUUAGUACUGCCAAAAUUCUAACCAGGAGAUGGAGAUUUGAGAGAUUUUUCUGACACAGAUACUGAAUUUAGUUUGGUGUUUAAAAAAAAAUUAAAUAAAUAAAAAUUAAAAAAUCAUGCUUUCAUACGAAUUUACAGGAUUUAACUAUUAAAAUAAAAAUGUACAAGUUAAUCACAUAUCAGUACUUCACAGAAAUUAUUGUAACUUCCUGUCUAGAUGGAAAUGAAUGGAGUAAAUGGUGCAGCAGCAAAGAAUGGCUAGCAAAUGGUACUAUCCAACAGAAAGUGACUUGCCUUAGACUUUGUGCAGGAAGAUUGUGUUGUGUCUGUGGACAAAGCCUAGGAGCCCAUGUAUGCCCCUCGUUGCCGUUGGUUUCGAACAGUGAAAGAAAAUGCAUCCAACAAAAUAAAUUAGCUGCACAUCCUAGAGUCUUAUUUAUGCAGGAACUGUGUACAGUUGCUGUUUGAUCAUAUAGGUGAAAAAUACCUCCCUUGUAUAAUACUUGGAAUUGAAUUCCUUGGAAGUUGAUUUCCAUCCUAAUCUUGCCCCUUUUAUUAUGGGAAAUAAAUGAGUGUCAUCCAAAAUAACUUGUUCUGUCCACUAACACAGGGAAUUGUUAAGAGUAGACAGUUUAAUGUGCACAAGAAGUUUUAGCUUUACUUUUAAGGAAUUCAGUGUGAAAGAUGAACAUCAAAAGCUCCAUAGCUCAAAUUAGUAUUCAUAAGUGUAGUGUAGUCACAACUGAUUGCUGUGACAUUUUGUGUUUGUAAAAGGCAAAAUGAUAAUCUAACCUAAUCACUCCUUUUUCCCCUAUGUUUGAAAAGAAAAUGACCAUCAGAGAUGAUACUUUUCUGAUAACACAAAUUUAAAGAAUUUUUCCAAGAUCCUGUUUGUUUUUUUUUUUUCUUUCCUUUUUUUUGGAGGGGAGUAUGGUAUAUCUUGAUGGAGAUAGGAAUUUCCAAGCAAGAAAUCCUUCAGUAAUGUGUUUUCAGGAUCUGGCCCAGGUGGAAAAGAUACAUCUUUGCUUACACCAUUCUCUGUUUAUAAAUACUGAUAGUCAAAGUAGCCAAAGUGCUUGCAAAGUGAACAAGUUCCCUUAACGUUAAAAUCUUCAUUGUUGCUUGAGGCCAACUGAUCUCUAAUUUGCAGAGGACAUAUGAGAAGAUAACUAAGGAAAAGAGCACGCUGAUCUGUUUUUGCAUAACCUGCUAACUGUGUGUCGUAAUGUACCUUGUGUGAAGAAGCAAAAGUGUACUUGAACAGAAAGUAUGUAAGCAGCACUGAUGGGAUCUGGCUCUCUAUGCCCUUCUCAAAUGCACCAGUCUACUAGCUGCAAAUUCUGCUGGUUCAGAGGUAGGCAUGGGUGCUUGAUUGGUCACUAAAGCAUCAGUUAGUUAAGCCAAAUCAGUGAUCAGGCCAAGAUUCUACUUUCUGAACAUCCACUUUGGGACUGCAGAUAUCUAAAUUGUAAUUGAUCCGCAAUCGAUACACAACUGCCAUCCCUGAGCAUGAAAUAGUCUGUGCCUAGCUGAUGCUUCUUUGCAGAGAAUAAAUCAGAAUGCUUCAAUGUGAAGCCCAGUUCUCUUACUGUAACAGCCUUCAGCUGUGAAUUAAUCUAACCAAGGAAAAUCUCUUGAGAUUACAUGUGUUUGUCUUACCUCUGAAGGGAAUGCAGAAUUCUGAUUCUUUCUGUCUUUAUUUUUAUUGAGGUACAUCUACAGGGUAACUGGAUGCAGUGAUUUUGAAAUAAUUUAAUACAUGACAUUUCUAAAUAGGAAAUGUACUGCUGUUCACAGUUUUUCAGCUGUAUCUUGGUUUCUGUAAGACUGUCAGUGCUAUGUGGAGCUUGGAGACCAUCUAUCAGUACUGUCAGUCAUCCAUGUCUCUACAUUAUUGACUUAGUGAAGAUAUUCUUUCCGAACAAACUUAGUCUAAUCCUGUAGCAUUCAAGCAUUCCGGUGGAGGUAGCUGGCUUUCUGGGAUGCCAAUACUGGUCUUCAUACCUAUAUUUCUGCAAAGGGUCUGAUUCUGUUGUGGGGCUCCCAAAUGCAGAGGAAUAAGCUAAAUGCUUUCCCACUGAUGGAGGUGUAACGCUGCUAGGUAACUAGAUCUGAAGGUUUUUUUGCAAGGUUUGAGAAAAUACUCUUGAUGCUGGCUGGAGAUAAGGAUUCCUGGAGGAGCACAUGCAGACACUGAGGACUACAUUUCCUACAGAAAUUGAGUAGGCAGCGUCAGUUUCUAAAAUGUAAACAACUUCUAACAAAAAGCUAGAACAAUACAUAGAGAAGCUACUACACAAUGACUUCUUUAGUACAGUGUUUUCUUCUGUGUACAGUAUUGAAGGUAGGGAGUAUCUCACACUUUGUGUGUUUUCUGUAUAGCUCUUUAUACCAUUGACUUUCAGCCAAAAGACAGAUACAGGUUUUUAUGAAUUUCAUGAUCAUAUCUCUCUUGGGUAUAGAUCAUGUAUUGAAAGGGCACUUGUUCUGGUUAAAGAGAACAAAAUAGCUUCCUCGUCUACAUUUAGAUACUGCAGAGUUUUAGAGGGUUUGAUUCCUGGGCUACUAGAAAAGGGAUAACUUUGUGUUGGAAAGGUAGUAAGGAUCCAGACUAGAAUGGAUGUGGCUCCUGAAAAGAAUUUUGUGGCUGGCAGUUCAUAUGGCUGUUUUCAGUGAUUAACCUACACUUUAGCCAGUUAAUCUUGACGUGUUAAUAGGGCACCAUCACAGACAGAUCAAAACUACCAACAACACUGUCGGAUGCUCUUAAAAUUUAUUAAGUGCCUUAUACAGAGCAUCAAAGAGGCUAUGAUUCAAUUGGAACGAAGUUUGUUAAGAGAUCUACUCUCGGAUGGAGUUACAAGUUGUUGGUUGUAACGAAGGUGAUGUUCCUGGUUAUGAAGCUAGAAUCUUAUAUUUUAUUGCUCAUACAAAUACCUAAUAAGAAACAGUCCAGAAAUUUCAGAGGCUUUCAAUUCAUAAAACAUAUGUUCUUUGGAGGAGAUUUUUUUUUUUUCGUUGUAGCCAGCUGUGAUAGCUUGCUUGGAAUAUCACAGAAGUGAAUAAAACUUGAGUACUUCUGGAUGCUUCACACUUCUCAAUUUCCCAAUCAAUAGUAAAACUACCUUUCUUGAGAAGGGGUACAUAAGUUGGUUUUAUUCAUAGGAUUUAUGUUUAUCUUAUAUAGUUUUUAAGGGUUUUAUUGUCAGAAAAAGGGCUUGUUAUUUUGAAAAUAAAAAUCUUACCUGCCAGGUGUCUUCCCCAAGAUGAGUAAGUGCCUUUUCUGUUCUGACUCUUAGAAGUAUUUACGUUGUCAGAUUGAAUCUGAAUGUCCUGGAUAAACCAAGAACUAAGUACCAAGUGUUACCAAUAGUUUGAAAUCCUUUCACUGAAGGAACAAGAGACAGAAUGUAAGCCACUUGAAUUAUUUUGAGACCUGAUGUUAUCAGAAGUUUUAUAACUGCAUAUGAAUAGUAUACUUCUAAGAACAAUAUAACAUUUCAGGAACUUGAUAUUGAUUAGGAAAUAAAUAUUUAUUGAAGUAAGUAUAUUAAAUAAAUAUUUAUUUACCAAUUUAAGUAAGAGAAAAUUUUACACCGUGGGGGCAACAGUCUUGCUGUGAGCAGUCCUAACUACUUAACUGAAAGUAAACUGAGGCCCUGAACUCCGACUGUGAAAGAAUGCAUUUGGUGAGAGAUUGGGACUGCGAACCUUAGGUCUACAUUCUAACAGAGUAAUUCUUCCCACCUAAGUUGUAACCAAUUCUCAAGCAGGAAAGAAGGCGUGAGCAGAUGUCAGUAAGAGGCCCUCUGGUAUUAUUGGUGCUGCUUCCUAUCUCUAGAGGAUUUUUUUUUUUUUAAUCUUUGCUCAGGACUGGUACAGCUGAAAGUAUAUUUUCCCUUCAUUCUUAAGCCUAGAUUUUGAAUGGAGUUUCUCUGAGACACUUUUGUAGUGAAAUCGUAUUCCCUACGAACAUGGAAGACAAAAAUAAACAUCUCUGUAAACAAAAA